CAUAAUUAUUCAAACAAUUAUUCAUACAACUUUUCUUGUGAACACACAACAUGUCAAAUCUAACUGAAGAUAUAAGCAUUUCAAAGCGUCCAAAAAUAUUUCGUGGUCGAGGAGCUCAACAACGAAGUGAUGCCAAGAAAAAAGCUCGAAGAAAUCAAAGUACAGGUGAUAUUAGUCAAAGUGCUAGAGAACAAUUGAAAGCACAAUUUAAAGAUGAGAAUGCCAGCAGUUCCGGUAAAAAGAUUCCAAGAUGGUUACGUUUAUUGAAAAUGACCAGUAUCAGUGCAACAACUGCUAUAACAUCGGAUGCAUUGAGAAUAGAGAAUACUCAUCAUCAUCAUCAUCAUCAUCAUCAUCACCAGCCUCAUAAAUAUCAUCAAAGUUUUGAUUACUCGAAUUCACCUCCUCAAGAAAUGGAAUCUUUCCUAGGCAAUCUAGGUAUUGGAGCUUAUGUUGGUGAUGAAGAGAAUGCAUUUGUGAAUUCCGAUAAUUCCGAAGAGAUAAAUAAUAUUGACCAGUUGAAUAGGACAAGUAAACCUCUUUCUAAAUCAAUGAUCAAUUUGUCUUCAGUGAAUUUAUGGCCACCGAAACGUAAGACAAGCGGUCAAAUUAAUGAACCAGAAACAUCAUUGCUCAGUGAUAUAACUGAACGUUGUAAUCGUUUAUCAUCAUCUUCUCGUGUUAGUUGUCUAUCCAAUGCUUCUUCACCACCAUCAACGUCAUCAUCGCCACAAUCAACAUCAUCUUUGACGCAUUCGAAAAAUAAAACAUCCCAUUCUGAAAUAACCAACAAAACUACAUUUGACAGUGGGGGGAUAAAUCAAUUGAAACAAACUGAAUUCUAUGAAUCAAUGCCUAUCAUACUUAAAACUGUAAUAAACCAAACAUCCAUGUAUAAUAAUACUAUUGAUUUUACACAGCGUUAUAAUGUUAUUGGUGAAGAAGGAUUUAUCUCGAGCAAUUUAACACCGAAACUUUCAACAAAUACUAUUACUGGAAUGAAUAGUAAUUAUCAAAGUGUAGAUAAUAUUACACUCAAACGAAUUAUUCAUUAUCCAGCUUGGAUGAUUAUUAGUGAUGACCAGUUACAAUUGGAUACAACUUAUUCAUUUUAUCGAAUAACAGACUACCUGAAAGAAUUAUAUCUAGCUGAAUCUUGGUUAGAGAAUCUACUCAUCAGUGAUACUUUACCAAGUCGUAGUUAUUCACCAGUAAGACAGCCGGCUGAUUACCGAUCACGUCGAGCACGUCUUGAAAAUAAUUCAAUCAAUUCGCAUAAAAUCCUAAAACGAACAUGUAGUGAACAACGUUAUGAUGAAACACAAAUGGUUGGAGGUUCAUGGGAUAGACGAGAGAUGGAUCUUAUUCAAAAAUUAAUUCGUCGAGCAAUCUCUACAAUCGAAUCAAAAGAAUCAUUAUCUAGACAAGUAGACGAAGAUGAAUCGUCAUUUACCCCAACGUUGAGUGCUGUAAUUUUUAAAAAUGCCUCCUCAACCGAUAGAAAGUUUCCAAUCUCUUUACGUUCAUUUAUACCGGAUUGUGAGAAAAUUGCAGGGAACAAUGAAAACACGACGAAUUGGAAGAAAAUUUACGCUGAAGAAAUUGUAAAUAUUGUUAAACUACCACGUUAUCCUGUUGAACAAUGUUUAAAUUUAGAAACUAUACAUCAAUCACAAAAAUCCACAAUGUUUCUUUGUUCUGAUUAUCUUGUCUUGACACAAUGGCCAUUAGAUUCAUAUUCAUUAGUAUGUAAUGCAGAUUUAGCCCAUAUUAUACCAUUCUAUGAAAUAUGGUGUGAUACAAUGAAACUUGAUGAAUUAUUAUUAUUAUACACACGAACAACAACAACAACAUCAGCGGUUGAAUCAAUAAAAUCAACUCAUUCUAAUAAAUGCAAUCUAAAUGUUAAACAUGCAGACAUUGAUAAUGAUAUUUUAAUGAAAUGUAAUAUCUCAUCAUCAUCUGGUAUAUCAACUGCUAGUCUAGAUGAAGAUGGCGGUGAUCUAAUGCAUAGUAGUAGUCCUUCAUCAAUGGAACAUUAUUGUAAUCAAUCAAUAAAUGAUACGGAAUUCAUUAGAAAAACAACGAAAUCAUAUCAUUUAUCAAAUGAUCAUCAUGUUUACAAUGAUACGGAUAGGCUGUUAUUGAUUGGACAUCCAUUAAUGGAGAAUUGGGCAAUACGUUUUGCAAAUAAUCAUCUUUGUGAUAAAUGGCGAUAUAUGAUCAAUGCAUCUAUCCAAAGAAAUCAACAACUAUUCACCGGUAAAUCGAUCAAUGUGAAAGUGAUCAAUCAGAUUAUUCCAAAUCAUCAAGUAAUCUAUAAAUAUCAUAAUAUUCCUAUUCAUAUGACAAUAGAUCAGUUGAAAGAGAAAGCAUUAGAAGCACUUAAUAUUAAUGUGAAUAAUACAAAAGCUGAUUUAUAUCUGCGAUAUUUGGAUACAAAUGGAGAGGAACGUGAAAUACUUAUGUAUGGUCCAGAAAAUCCAUUCUUAAUAGCAUUGUCUAGUGUACAAAUGAAUACUACAAAUUCCUUACCAAAUGCUACUACUACUACUACUGCAACAUUUCCUGCUUACAAUACUACUACUCAUAUAAGUAAUAUCAUCAGAAAUCAUAAUCUAGAUAGUAAUGUUCAUAUCAGUAAAGAUAUGUUGGAUUUAAUCAAACGCGUUUCUUUAUCACCACCAUCCGAGAAUAAAACAACUGACAGUAAUAAUAAUAAUAGUAGCAGCAGUCAUGAUUACCUCGUUUCAAGAGAUCAAGUUAAAAUUAGUUUUGUACUUCGUUCUGCAGACAAACCUCUCCCAGUUGAUGAUAAUCAGGCACAACAACAACAACAACGCCAGCAUCAUCAUCAUCAUAAUCAAAUGAAUACAAAAUCAGAGAUAAAAUCAACUGAAUAUGUAAAACAAGACCGUGGACGUUCCACAUCGAAAUCAUCAUUAGCAUCAGGAGUAGCAGCAGCAGCAACAUCACGAAAUCGUCGUAAUGAUGCCACACGAGAUAAUAAUAACAACAUGAUGAUGAUGAUGACGAAAUCCACCAUUUUCUUAGAUCAUCAUCAUCAUAAAACGAAUAUGACAAAACCAACUAGUACUAGUACUAGUACUACUAUGCCAUUACGUGCUGCAAUCAGUACUAGUUCAUUACAAAUCGGUGGUACCAGUCAAGAAAUGCAAUCUGGUCAAAUUUUUGGACGUCUACCUGAACAAUGUUGGCCUGAUUCACAAUUACCAGAAUCGUUAGUGAAUCUCUUUGCUAUUAUCUAUUAUAAUGGUGUCAAUGUUGAAGGAAUAUUUCGACGUACAGCUGUUCAUAGUCAAAUUGAGAUGAUGCGAUUACGUGUAGAUGAAAAUAUUCAAACAAUUACACCGAAUAAUUGUAAUCCAAUUUUAGCAUCAUGUGUAUUGAAAAGAUUUUUCUGUGAAAUACCUGGUCAUUUGUUAAUCGAUUCGAAUUGGGAUGAAUGGGCUAGUUUAACUGAAAUCAACUCGGCAACAGAACGUUUACAAGUUCUUGAAAAAUUAAUUCGUAAUCUUCCUAAAGUGAAUCAAACAUUACUGGCUCUGUUAAUUUAUCUACUUGCACAUAUACGUGAUCAUGAAGAGAUAAAUCGUAUGUCAGCUAGAAAUUUAGCUGUUGUAUGGGGUCCAAAUUUAAUUCAACGACCCAACUCACCAUUAGCAUUAGAAGAUUCUAAAAUUGUAACACAAAUUGUUACUUACCUGCUGGAACCAACAGUUACAAAUUUCCUAUUAAAUACAAGUAAUGUCAAAAUGGAAUUAAAUCAACAUUUUUCAAAUAUUUGGGGUAAUUUCUUGCAAGAUUCGAAUGGUAAAACAAGAAUACAAAACAAUGCUGUUACAUUAAGACCAACUACUACUACUACUGAUUCGUCAGAUGAUGAUCAGGAUGAGGAGGAUGACAAACGUUCUAGACAAAGUUCUGCUGUCCGAUCUGAACAGAAAAUAUCGACAAAGCAUACUUCACGAAGAGGACAUUCUGUUGCAAAUAUACCACCACAGAUAAAUUCAUUAGAAGUAGAAAAUUUAUUGAACAAUGAAAAAUUUGGUUAUUCUUUAUUGAUGAAAACCAGUGACCAAGUACAACAACAUCACAAUGAAUCAACAGUAUUAAACAAUAAUGUUGCACCGCCGUCUAGCCAUUCAAUAAACACUAAAUCUACAACGUAUCAAGUAAAUAUGGAAAAUUCACAAACACAUUCAUCAAAAAUGCAACGACGAGGUGCCGGGCGGAUACAUAGAAAAAAGCAUAGUUUUUUUAAUCAACCAGCAUUGCCCGAUCAAACUGGACCACCUACUACUACUACUACUACUACUACUUCCACUGGAACUACACGGUGUAGUGUUACAUUGUUGAAUAGACCAAUUAAUCAGAAUUUAUCAUCAACCGAUUCUAUUACGACAGAAUUCAGAAAUAUUAUAAGAUCACGAACAACAUCAACCUUUGUAUUACCAUUGUCAUUUUCUGUGACUGCUACAACACCGACCAAUUCAACGAGUCUAACAACUGCGGUAGAGAAACAAGAAGACGCUUUAAAGAAGACAACUACUACAACAACAUCAUCAGCGGCAUCAUCAGCAGCGUCAGCAUCGUCAUCUAGACGUUCAAGGAAUACAUCUUGUCCACCAAGUACAAAUAAAACAAUAAAUUCUAAUGAUAAAUUAAGUAUUCCUUGUCCAUUGCCAAGAAGUCAAAUUGAUUCAGAAGCACCGCCUAUCCCGCUUAGAGGUCAACAAUUAACACAUCAAGAUGUUGGCUUAAAACAUGCCAAUAAUAAUCAUAAUGAUAAAAGUCAUAAUUUCUCAAAGACCAAUUCUAACCGGUCAAAAUCAAUUAGUCAUCAUAGUAACAAUACUAAUAGUUAUGCACGUGAAGAAACAACAAUGCCAGCUACUACUACUACUACUAUUACUACUGCCUCUACGACUGCUUCCACUACUACUUCUACUACGACCGCCGCAUCGCUUAUGUCACGACAACGAAGAUUAUUUCAUCGUAGAUUUCGACCACAGAAAUCGACCGGUGAAAUGCCUGAUGCUAAUUUACUGCAUUUUGAUUAUUGUACAAUGCGACACGAUGCUGAAUUGGAUAUGAAUGCGCGUACUAAUAAUACUGCUACUACUACUACUACUACUACUACUAAUACUACUAAUAAUAGUAAUAAUAAUAAUAAUACUCAUGGUAACGUUAUUAACAGAAGACGAAAUUCCAUGGAACAUCAAUUCAGUUAUAUGCAAUCAUUUGAUGAAUCAUACGCCAAUGAUCUAUACAUAAGGAAUCGUGUUAGUACACCGAUCACCACAACUCCUGUUGCUGCUACUACUACUACUACUGCUACUGAUAUUAAUAAUAGUAGUAGUAGUGGUAGUGGUAAAACAAAUGAAUUUUCUAAACCAAUUAAAAUUAUUUCAGUAUCGUCAAAUAACGGAGAGAAUAUUGCCUUGAAAUCGCAUAAAACAUCUUCAACUAACCCUACUACUGAUCAUGUGACUACAAAUAACAGUAAUAUUAUUAAUAACAGGAAUAGUCAUUUGAUGAAAGCUAACAGAUCCAUUCACUCAUCCACAGAUUAUCGAUCCCGUAACAUCAACAAUAAUAAUAAUAAUAAUAAUAAUACUAGUAAUCCUAAUCAUACCUCCGCCACUAACACUGCUAGUAUGCCACGAUCAGGCAGUGAUAUGAGUAUGAUAUCCACAGAUUCUUCAUUAUUAUCAUCUUAUUCUUCGAAUUCCUCCUCUUCAUCAUCAUCAGCAGCACAAUGUUUCACACGUAAACAUCCGCAGAAAAUCACUAAUGAUCUUGUUGAAUCGAUUACAGGAAUUCCAUGUCCAGUGGUAUAUCGACCCGAGUUGAAUACACAACAUUAUCUAACUAAUAAUGCAAGGAAACAGAAGCCAACACAAAAACUCAUUACAACAUGUCAGUCGUUAUCGCUAGCUCAUGAUGAUGAAGAUAACAACAGUAAUAAUAAUAAUAAUAAACGAUUGAAUCAUCCUACAUCACAAACUCCAUUGACUGCAUCGGUGCACUCUACCAACGACUCCAUCUCAUCUUCUUCUUACAUAUCAUCAUCAUCGUCACCGUCACCAUCACCGACUUCAUUGAGUAGUAGUUCCGAUGUUGGCUAUGCUACAUCAUAUCAUGAGAAUAUGGAGAAUUUAAUGCAUAAUAUGACACGUUGUAUGCAUGAUACACAUCGACCAACUGUUGGUCGUGUUAGUAGUAAUGUUAGUAGUGGUGGUAGUAGUAGUAGUAGUGGUGGUACACCAGUUAGUCGAAUGAGUUCACAUGCUUCCACAAUAUCCAGUGGUUCAGUGACAGUGAUUUCAACAUCUGUUGAAAAAUAA